AUGUUUAGUUUAUUAAAGAGUUACGGUCCUGCUUCGACAGCUGUGUUCAGAACCAACGUCACACGUCUCAACAACACUGUCAUCAACAACAGUUCAUUAUCCAUUCCACUCCUCACAACAGGCAUUGCCAACAGUUACAGCACAACAAAGACAUCCACAACCGAUCCACGUACAUCACAUACCAAGAUGAUGAAGAAUAAAGUCUGUUUCAUUACCGGUGCCGCUGGUGGCAUUGGACAUGGUAUUGCACAGAGAUACCUUGCUGAAGGCGCAAAGGUUGCUAUUGCAGACCUGAAUGGCCCACUGACAGAGCAGGUGUGCAGGACUUUGAAUGAUACCUACCCUGGUUGUGUGUUGCCAUUGACUGUUGAUAUUACUAGUGAGGAACAGGUUGGCGCAGCAAUCGGUGCCACCGUGAAGCAGUUUGGAGGUUUGGACGUCGUCGUGUCCAACGCAGGCUUCCAACAUAUUGAGCCCAUCGAGGAGCUGUCAUUGGCCAACUGGCGAAAGAUGCUUGCCGUCCAUCUGGACGGUGCUUUCCUGUGCGCCAAGUUCGGCAUCCAGGAGUUCAAGAAGGACGUCAACCGUGGCGGCUCCCUCAUCUUCAUCGGCAGUGUGCACAGCAAGUACGCCUCUGAGUUCAAGGCCCCAUACGUCACAGCCAAGCACGGUUUGGAGGGUCUCACACGCUCGUGCGCACGCGAGGGCGCCAAGUACAACGUCAAGUCCAACAUGAUCUGUCCAGGCUUUGUCAGGACUGCUUUGGUCGAGAAGCAGAUCCCAGAGAUUGCCUCCAAGCUCAACAUCUCCCAGGAGCAAGUCAUCAAGUCUGUCAUGCUCAAGGACACCGUGGACGGUGAGUUUACCACCUUUGACGACAUCAACGAUGUUGCCGUCAUGUUUGCCUCUGCGCCAUCCAAAGCUCUAACUGGCCAAUCACUCAUUGUCAGCCAUGGCUGGAUCAUGGAGUGA